CCACAUGUAAACAGUGACGGCAGCGUUUUGCGGCGGUGGAGAAGAACGCGCACGUCAUUUUCACAAUGGCGGAGGCAGGGUGAGGAGGAGAGUGUGUGAGAAGCGGCGCCCAAACUCUGAGACAUAUACUGCCCGUUUAUAAGUGCAUGCUGUCCGAAAAUGGCCCUGAACCCCAAAGCACUGGGUAACAAAGACACGGAUUGCACCACAACGGGCGGGCCUAGUGCGGACGGCGGUGGAUCUCAGAAGAAUCCUACCGCCACCUCGGCCUCAGCCAACCAAAAUGGCGAUCAGCCUGGAUGUGGAGACCGUGUAAUGCCCGAACAUGAAGCCCCUGAACGGCGAAGGACUACUCAAACAGACGCCCGGAGCUUUAGCGGUUCUCCUUUACCGGGCCAGAGACCAAAUGACGAGCUGCCACGGAAAAAUUUCCAAAUCCCGAGGAAGAUACGAGAACGGAAAGGCUUGUACCAGUUUCUACCUCCAGACAGUAGAGAGUUUGAGGACCUCGUGAAGACCAUUUCGUCCUUCUACCUGGACUCUGCAUCACGGGGAACCUUUACGUACUGCAAAGCCAGACUCAUCCACAAUGAGCUGCUGGAGAAAGAAUUUGUUGAGAAGCGGAGAGAAAUGAAGCAGGAAGGUCGAAAUGAACCCGAACUGGCAGAAUCAUACUGCUUUCUAUAUCCUGAUAAAUCUAAACUCCAGUGGAUCUGUGAAAAGGGUUUGUCUGUUGGACACUCGAGGAUUACUACUCUUGGCAAUCCUUCAUCUGGUGUUUACCUUUCCAAGUAUUCAGAUUUAUUACAAAUUAAUCCAUUUGAGGCCGGAUCAUUUGGGGACAUGAUAGUUUUCAAAGUCAUGAGGGGUCGAAUAAAGCACAUUCACGAGAACAUGCCUAAAAACGCCAUUGAACCUACCCCUAAGUUUGACUGUCAUCUGUCCAAACGUGCCAAUAGAGUUACAUCGUUGCUGUCAUACAGGGCUUUUGAGCACACACAGCAAUAUUUUUUUGAGUUUGCUUUUGAUGAAAUAAAGACAAGACCCCGGCAUGUGUGCCCCUAUGCUGUGGUUUCCUUCCAGUACAAAGGCAAAGAGGGCGUGACAACUCCUAUGUCUGCACACAGGUUUAACACCAUUGCACCAGAAGGAAGUAGAGGGAAGAGCUGCUACACUGUUUGGAGUGGGCCACUAGUGAACAAGAGUGAAGAGUUAUUCCCUGUUUGUUUACGGUCGUCACGGCCUUACCUUCCCUUUAAACUAUCUGAAAAGCUAGAGAUGAACCAGGGCAUGCAGCUGGAGCAGGUGAAGAGGAAGAUACCCUCAAUAUUAUUUUCUUCAGAGACCUACCUUACAUCACGCGAAGUGACGAGGUGUGGGAUGUGGUGCAGCUUGUUUGACGUUCUGGAAGGAAAAGGCAAACCCAGCAGAGGCAGCCUGGCAGCUCUAGUCAACAAACUGGAGAGGGACAGACUGGUGCUAGUGAAGUCGUUGUUUGAUCGGGGUUUUCUCUUCCUCCUGUCCUCAGCUCAGAUGCACGAUUCCAAAGAGCGCUGGGGGAAGGUUGAGAGAAACCUGCAAGCAUUAUUCAUUUUUCAGGAGCCCAGAAUAGUUGCUAAGUAUUCGUCCCGGAUGGGUGAACCCGAGCCACUGUUUAUGGAGCCUCACUCUGCAAUCCUGUCCUCUGCGGAGCCCUUCAUCCCAGGAAUCCAUUACUCCAUGUUUAAACUUCGGCCCAACCCUGGCAAAGACAUGAGCUCUGGUGUGGAGCGUCAGACCACAGACUAUCUGACACGCAUGGAGUCUGCCACAGUGCGUCCCUUCAUCCUGCCCGAUUACAAAAGCAAUGUGGACGACAGGGUGAACCCCCUGUUAACACCUACCAGAUCCAAAUACAACAUGGACGCUGCUCUACGAACAUACGUCCAUAACUCUAAUAAUUACAUGUUACCUCUAAACAAAGCCAAGGGCAUCAUUGAGAGGAUACAUAACCCAGUCCCUGUUGUUGAAGAAACGGCAGUGCCAGAGUACAGUCCCGUGUCUGAUUGGGGUGGUUCAGAUCGGGGUUCAGAUCGAGCUGAGAAACCCCCCGAGAAAUUGCAGCAGGAAAGAGCUCCACCGGACAAGCGACCAGACAAGAAGAAGCCUGGCAUAGCUCAUUCAAAUGGUGGGCAGGCAGGGCACAAGACACAAACUGACCAUGUGUCUCCAGGUCAAAAAACGCCCAUGACCCAGAAUGAGUAUGAUGAAGAGAAAAUGAAGAAAUUACUCAAACUCAUUCAGCUUCAUAAGAAAACGCGAGUGAAGGAACCGGGAAACGAGGAGGAGGAGGAGGAGGACUGGACCUCUGACAUCAACACUUUAAAGAGGAAAUAUGAAGGGGAGGAGCGAGGAGGGCCAAAAAAACACCAGCGCAAAGAUUCACUAAGCAACGGAGAGCCCAGUCGAGGAUCCCAGGGGCGCGACUUUGGACAUGAAGGUGGAAAGACGGACAAUCUGAUCUCAGUAAUGGAGCAUAUCGGUUAUGACACAGACCUCAGAACGCACAACACACAGGGUUCGGCCGUCAGUGAGACCCAAAACCUGCUCAAGAUUCUGCUGGCCACUCUCAACAAAGCUGUGGCCCAGGGUUCAUUGCCAAACCAAGAUGAUGCAGGAUCUGAGAGGACAGGCUCUGUCACCCCCAAUGUUGACCAAAGGAAAAUAAAUGAACAUCCAACACACACAAAUUACGCUGAGGAGGACAUGGAAUGUAGCCCUGGAAGUCCAUUCAGUGCUGGGUCGCCAAUUGAGCCAGCUCACACGUCAGAUGAGCUCAACUUGGCUGCAUCAAAUUCUGAAGACAAAGAGCAGCUGUCGUUGGAGCUACUGAAGAAACUGAAGGCGGAGUUAAAAGCAGAAAUCAAACCUGAACUUAAGCCUGACAUUAAACCAGAGAUAAAGCAAGAAGUGAAGACUGAGGUGGAACCAGAGCAGAUUCACUCAAAGGCCAAGGUGCCCCCAGUGGCAGAAGUGAUAAAGACCAGUCCACUGCCAGCAUUACCUGUGGUGGAGGAAAUCCCUACCAUGAGACCCUCCAUCAGCCUAGACACUAUUCUAAACCAGGAAGUAUACAGCCUGACAUCAGACAUCAAAAGCCUUAUGCAAAGUCACCACAUUUCCUAUACCUCAAAGCUGCCUCCACAGUUAACCAAGAGGCACUGCUGGCAGCCCAACAGUGGCUUUUCGGAGUUUGUUGUUCCUUACACUAGUCCUGUAUCGGUUGAAAGCUAUGUAAAAGUACUGAGCGAAAGGAUAGGCAAGCUAAUCUCUGCUCCGUCAGAAGAGGAUUCUUCUCCUCAUCCCCCCAUCUCUAUGCCUGAUCUCAAUGCACCCUCCACAACCCCCAACCAGUCCACAGCUACACCUGAGCCCUCUUCCAGUACUUCAUCCACCACUGCUGCUGUUAAACCAGGCCCAGUCAAAGAUAAGCCAUCAUCCACUAAGGUCAAAUGUGAGGCUCGUAAAAGGCACGAGAAGAAGGAGAUGUACUCGCCUACUCAAGUUACUGCCGACUCUCCGGACGUUUACCGUGACGACCAGAACCCUCCUUCGGGCGGUGGGCUGCUGGCCGGGAGCCUCAUCGGUCAGCUCAAACCGGAAGUGUUCAGCAGCCUGGUGGAGAUCUUCAAGGAUGUCACCAAGAACACUGUCAAGUUUUUCAUCUAUUCUGGAGACGAGACUGAGGAAAGCACUGUCUGCAAAGAGAUCAAGGAGUACUUGAUCAGCCUGGGCAACAGUGAGAGCAGCCCUCAGACGUUUCUGGAGAACAGUGGCAGUUUAGAUAAACUCCUGAUCAUCAUUCAGAAUGAACACAUCGCUGCCCACGUGCAUAAGAUCCCAGCAUUAGUGUCUUUAAAGAAGCUGCCUUCGGUGAGUUUUGCUGGAGUGGAUUCUCUGGACGACGUCAAAAACCACACUUAUAAUGAACUCUUUGUAUCCGGUGGCUUCAUGGUGUCUGAUGAGUUUGUCCUCAACCCUGACUCUAUCACCCAGGAUCGUUUGCAAGGGCUACUUAAAUUUUUAGAGGAGCAGAGCACCCCGGAACACCCCUGGCAGUGGAAGGUGCAUUGCAAGUCACAGAAGAAACUGAAGGAAAUGGGCAGGCUCAAUGCAAAUGCGAUGGGGCUGUUGAAUCUCCUAAAUGCGUAUCAGAAGAAGCACUUGGUAGAGUUUUUGCCUUAUCAUGAAUGCGACACGGUGUCACGGCAGGCUCCAGACCUCGACUGUCUCAUAAAACUACAAGCUCAGCACACACAGCAGCGCCACCUUAUUUUUCUCACAGAGCGCCCAUUUGAGAUGUUUCUUCAGUAUUCCAGGAAUGGGAUAGUGAUAGCAAGCAUUGAUGAUGUCAUGAACAGUUUCCACAGUCUGAUUGGUUCCAUCAAUCAAAAUGAGCUUCCCACGCCUCCUUCUACUGUAGUGAAUGAUGAAUGUGUGGAGGAGGACAUGUCCAUUGACUCUGAGGAUGAUGGUGAAGCACCUGGGGUCGCAGAUGAACAAAGCCAAGAGGGAGAGAAGCUAGCGCAGCCUCCACUUCCUGACAAAGAGGAGUUUCGCCCUCCUCUCCCAGAGCAGCAGGCCACCCCGAGCAUGACCCCCUCUCUGUGUGACUACAGCGCCCUCAAAAGUGUCAUCUCCCAGUUUAAAGCGGUAAACCAGAUCUCAGCUGCAGACUUUGGCAGUUUAUCCCCUGGGGGAUUCCCCGUCAACCCUCAUCAGAGCUUCCUUUGCCCCUCUGCCUCCUGGUCGUCAUACACUGGCACCUCCAGCUACAACGCGUCCCCAGCUUACCCCGCCUCUCCCUGCAGCAGCACACAGGAAGUUGAGUACCGGCCCUUGGUCACAACCGCAGCCACAGCGCCCACUACCCCUGCACCUGUUACAGCCGAACCAUUAGCAAACUUGGCAUUGUUACCGCUCGAAGUUAAACCUCCACCCCCACCUCAUCUCAUGAUGUUGGGCCACACGUACAGCUCAGACAGCACAGGGACAGAGACUGCAGGCGCUUCUCCUCUACCUGCUCUACGGCCCUUUUCAGAAAGUAUGGACACAGUUCAAUCAACCUACACGGCAGGCAUCACUUCAAAUGUUCCCGGGGCAAUGGGGGACAGGACACUGGGGAGUGGGCCUGGGGAGGGGGUGUGGGGGACGCCUCUCUGUGUGGAGACCAGUAGUGAACUGAUGGGAGGCAGCACUCCCAGUAGUCAGGGGGACAGGACUCCAUUGAACUCUGACAAGCCUGGUCCAGCUUUGGGUGUUCCUCCAGCAGACACCAGGGGGAGCUGUAUACCCAGGCCUAGAAUGCCUCCUCCACCUCCACAUUCAGCAUGUGGAGCAGGCUACGGUGGGUUUGUGCCUGGACAUGGACCCAUGGAGCAUGGUGUUUUACGGGGUGCUAUGAGCCCAGGGCCUGGGAGCGGUUUCCGGGGACGGGGACCUGCUCCUGGAGGACACUGGCCCCGGCCUAUGCGGGGUGGGGGUCCAGGAGGACCACCCUGUUACUGGGGCUUUCAGGGAGGUAGAGGCGGAGGACAGAAUUACUACUCGGACUACUCAUACUCUCACAAUUACGCUCCUGAAUAGACAAUCAGCUCAAGUGAAGGGGCAUUGUGCUGAUACUCCAGAGACUUAAAUGAAUGUAUAUAUUUCCUUGUCAUAAAAACUAAAGUAGGUUCAUCAUUUUCUACAUUAAUAAAAAUUGAUACAGGCAGUGCCGAGUGUCCUACUGUCACAUAACUGUA